AUGAGCAUCUCCGUGAACGGGCAGUCGGUGGUGCCGCCGGGGUUCCGGUUCCACCCCACGGAGGAGGAGCUGCUCACCUACUACCUCGCCAAGAAGGUGGCGUCCCAGCGCAUCGACCUCGACGUAAUCCCCGACGUCGACCUCAACAAGCUCGAGCCAUGGGACAUCCAAGAGCGCUGCAGGAUAGGAACAGGCCCGCAGAACGACUGGUACCUGUUCAGCCACAAGGACAAGAAGUACCCCACGGGGACGCGCACCAACCGCGCCACCGCCGCCGGGUUCUGGAAGGCCACCGGCCGGGACAAGGCCAUCUACUCCGCCGCCGGGUCCGGCCGCAUCGGCAUGCGCAAGACCCUCGUCUUCUACAAGGGCCGCGCCCCGCACGGCCACAAGUCGGACUGGAUCAUGCACGAGUACCGCCUCGACGACGCCGUCCCCGCCCCCGCCAACCCCAACAACCCCGCCGCUCCCGGCGACGCCGGCAGCACCUACUACUCCGGCACCUCAUCAUCCCCGAUUCGUGGCGUGGCCGGAGACCAGUCGUCGGGGCAGGAGGACGGAUGGGUCAUCUGCAGGGUGUUCAAGAAGAAGAACAUCGUCGUGAACCAAGGCCAGAACGGCGGCGGCGGCGGCGGAGCGGCGUCCAACAAGCUGGCCGGCGCCGCCCCCAUGGAGCGCAGCCAGAGCAACUGCUCGUCGACGGUGACCACCAUCAGCAACCACAUCAAGGCGGCGCAGCAGCAGCAGCAGGACCAGCAGAACCAGCUGCUGCACUACUCCGCCAGCGACGACGCGCUCGACCACAUCCUCAACCACUACAUGCAUGGCCGCUCCCCCACGACGCCGUGCAAGCAGGAGGCCAAGCCUGCCGCCGGCUCGGCGCUGGACCACCUGAUCAACAGCACCGCGUGCCCGAACGGGACCCUGUACGAGCGGUUCAUGAAGCUCCCGCCGCUCGAGCACGUCGUCUCCGGCGGGCUCCUGCACCCUCCGGCAACCGAGUACGGCGGCGGUUCAGGGAACAACAACAUCGGCACAGAGUGGGACUCGCUCGACCGGCUCGCGGCCUCGUACGAGCUCAACGGCCUCUCCGACGACGUCGCGUCCGCCAGCAAGAACAGCAGCAUGGCGUCCUUCUUCGUGGACGGGCACGGCGGCGCCACCGGCGCCGGCGCCGGGGACGGCGACCUGUGGAGCCUGGCGCGCUCGGUGUCGUCCCUCCACGCGGACUUGACGACGAUGAAUUGA